GCCGAAUUUACUCGUCUACAAAGUAUCUUAUUAUUACAAAACUGUCCGUUUGACACAUGAUUGCAUCUUUUUAUAUCCCGUUUUCUAUUCAAUUGGCCCGAGAUUACUUCUAGUUUUUAUACCUCUUUUGUUUAAAAUCUAAUUACUUAGAUAUCCAUAUACACGACCGAAAACAAGAAAAUCUCGUUAUCUCGACAACCCGCCCCCCUAAGCCCUCCCUGGUCGGAACGAGCUCCGCGACUUUUGAGCGAUAAUGCGUUUCGGCAAGACUCUUCGCGAGUCUGUAUACCCACCAUGGAAGGACCAGUACAUAGACUACGCGAAGCUGAAGACGAUGCUGCGGGAGGAUAGGAAAGAGGACGAGGACGUGCCCUGGACUGAAGACGACGAAAACAAGUUCUGCGACGAAGUAUUCAACGUACAGCUGGAGAAGGUAGCUCAAUUCCAAGAGAAGACCGUCAGCGGAUUAAAGGAGCGCGCCGAGGUCGCCUUCGAAACAUUGAAGGAGAUGACACCCUCCGACGAGAAGCCUAAGAGCGAUAUCACGGCCGCUCGGCUGAAGGAGCUCAAGAACGAGCUUGACGCCAUCACCAACGAGGUCAAGGAGCUGAAAAAGUAUAGCAGCGCCAACUACACCGGUUUCCUCAAGAUUGCGAAGAAGCACGAUCGCAAGCGCGGUGACCGUUAUAAGGUCCGGCCUAUGAUGCGGGUCAGCUUGUCGGAUCGUGGCUUCAACUCGGAGCAGGCAUAUACGCCUCUCCUCACGAAGCUAUCUUUGAUGUACUAUGCCAUCAACCAGAACCUAGACGAGGGUGAGCAGUUGCAACCGCUGGACUUUGAUUUGGAGAAUCAGCCCGAGGUGCAUAAUGGCGAGCGGUACACCGCCCACAAAUUUUGGAUACAUCCGGAAAACCUCCUUGAGGUCAAGACCGCUAUUUUGCGACACUUGCCUGCUCUUAUCUACACCCAACAAGCCGGGCAAGAGCCCGACGGCAAUGAAGAUCCUAAGAUCACGUCGCUCUACUUCGACAACUCAAAGUUUGAACUAUAUAGUAGAAAGGUGGACCGCCAAGUCGAUGCUUCAUCUUUGAGGUUGCGCUGGUAUGGACAAUUGGACGCGAACCCGAAGAUUGUCCUUGAACAGAAGAUAGUUCGCGAGAAUGGCAUUAGCGAGGAAAAGAAAUUCAUGAUCAAAAAGAAAUAUAUCAAGCAAUUUAUCGAUGGAGAUUACAAGAUGGAUAAAACUAUCCAAAAAAUGGAAAGACAGGGCCAAACAGCCGAGGCUAUCGAGUCCUUCAAAACUACUGUGAGAGAAAUCCAGGAAUUUAUCAUCCAGGCCAAGUUGGAACCUAUCCUACGGGCCAAUUAUACCCGUACGGCGUUCCAAAAGCCUUCCGAUGAUCGCAUCCGAAUUUCGAUCGACACUGACGUCGCUUUUAUCCGUGAAGACACCCUGGACCGCGACAGGCCAUGUCGCGAUCCGCAGGAGUGGCACCGACGAGAUAUCGACGAAAAUAAUAUGAAAUAUCCCUUCAAGAAUAUAAACCAGAGUGAGGUGUCAAGAUUCCCUUACGCACUUCUCGAGAUCAGACUGAAGGAGGAAGGAGGGCGCAAGCGGCCGGGAUGGGUAGAAGACCUAAUGGCUUCUCAUCUUGUUCACGCUGCGCCAAGGUUCUCCAAAUUCGUACAUGGAGUUGCAUCCCUCUUCGAGGACUAUGUUAAUCAGUUACCGCUUUGGUUGAGUGAUCUUGAGACGGAUAUUCGUAAAGAUCCCCAGACGGCGCACGAUGAAGAGGAACAACGGAAAGCGCAGCAGGCGGAAGACGCCAUGGUUGUAGGCAGCUUCUUGGGCGGCGGCGCUGCUGCUGCCAGAAUUGGUUCUUAUAAACCAGCAACAAGUUCGCCGGUUGGAAAGUCGUAUCUAUCUGAGCGAGCCGCUAGAGAGGCUAGGGCGUCAACACCUCCGACUGCUGUAAACGGUCGCGGUGGAAGGGAUGAUGAGGACGGUACAGGGAAUGGUUCCACCCAGCAAAGGAGUUAUGGGACCCUUUCUUCUGUUUUCCCCGGCUUCUCCCUCUCCCGGUAUUCUCGAGCAAAGCGUCAGCGGGCGCAACUCCCCGAAGGCGUUACAAAACCAGAGGUCUGGCUCAAGAACGCGGGGCCACUUCAAGUUGAACCAAAGGUCUGGCUUGCUAACGAGCGGACGUUCCUCAAAUGGCAGCACAUCUGCAUUCUUCUUGGUAGCUUGGCAAUUAGUCUAUACACAGCAGCGGGAGAGAACUUCCUCGCUGAGUGUAUGGGCAUUACGUAUGUCGUGAUUGCUAUCCUCGCUGGAGGAUGGGGAUAUCUUAUGCUACACAAGCGCCGCGACAUGAUCGUAGACCGGAGUGGCAAGGAUUUUGAUAACAUGCUUGGGCCGCUAGUCGUCAGCGUUGCCUUGAUGCUCGCUUUGAUAUUUAAUUUUGUGUUCUCGUACCGAGCCGCGUUUGCGAAAUUGGAUAAUCAGCUAUUGAACGAAACUGAAAUAGCGUUUAUCGGAGAGCUCUUGUAAAACAUGAAAAGCUCAAAAGGACGAUGGUAUACGUUGCCUGUGAUACUUUCUUAUGAGAGAUGUGUAAGAAAUCUGUUCGUUCUAUACUUCGUGGAUGGUUUGAUUGGUGCCCCUGUAUUGGAUAUGUCAAAAUUGUUGUACACAUAGGCCGGCUAAAUAUACCGAGAAUAUGAAUAUAUACCUGGAUAAUAAGAAACUCAUUGGCAUAUCAUUGGCUUUAAGACAAUGGAAUGCAAGGAGAAAAGAGUUGCACAAAUAGUAAUCCGCCAGCAGUGAAGAUGGAGAAAAGGGAAUGUCGUACAUAAUAAUUCGGGGUAGUGGGGUUAUGUAAGCAAUUAGCUUAGUUAGUGUAGUUAGUGUAGUUAGUGUAGUUAGUGUAGUU